GCUCAGUGGCAGAGCGGUUGCCUAGCAUGCAUAAAACCCUGGGUUUGAUCCUGAUUAUAAAAUUUAUUUUCCUAUUAAGAAAAGGAAGGAUUUUUAGUAUAUGCGCUGCUGAAGAGAGCACAAAAGGAAGGAUUUUUAAAGCUCACCAGUUCUGUAUCAUCAGUUCUUAGUACAUUUAGUAUUUAUCACUCAGAAAAAAGAAUGAAAGUUUAAUGUAAUUUCAAUUUUCAUAUUUUACAAGUAAUUGUCUUGCACAGAAGAGUUAGAAAUGUGCUUCUAUUUAAAAAAUAAUAGAAUGGUGUACAGAUUAGUGUGGGACGAGGCUGGAUAAAAUGUGCCUCUUGCAAAGUGGGAAAUCUAAGAUUCACGGUGAACCUGGGAGGGGAGCUAUUGAUCUGACACUGAGGGGCUGAGCACAUUGGGUGUGAUGCAUGCCCUUUGGAUUAGACUAACUUCUGGUGAUUUGAGGAUCCUGGCCAGUAUUCACUGUUCACAAUGGCAAGGUGCUACCUCACGGGCACUGUUCGCUCUGGGCUGGAGGCUGCUGUCUCCCCUCCCCCACGGUCUGGUCCUUUGAAGCCCUCUCCCCACCCCACCCCACCCCACCCCACCGCAGCAGAUCAGUUUCCUGGGGCUUUUAUCAGGUCCUCUGCUUCUUUCCUGUUCAGGUUCCAGCCACAUGUGUUUGAUAAGCUUUAGAUCAGCUGAAAACACAAAACAUCAUGUUAAAUGGAGAGAGAGAGAGAGAGAGAGAGAGAGAGAGGGAGGGAGGAGAGGGCAGAUGGAAGCUAGAGGGAGGGAAGGAAGAGGUGGGUGGGCUAAGUAGCUGGAACCCCCACCCUUAGCACCCCAUGCAACCUGACUUUCGGGGCACUCACUCCUGAGAGUAAGCAGGUAGCUCGGCCCCUGCCUCCCUCCUCUGGUCACUUGGGCUGGACCUGGCCGAGCAAGCUUUCAAGCUCCUGUAAGUCGACUUGGGUUUUAAUUUCAAGACUCCUUGCAGCCAUACUUCCUCAUAUAUUUUUCAGUCAAGCAGAAAUGAAAAGCAUGAUCUCCAUAGUUCCUAAUAACAGCGUCCUAGUUAGUAGCACUAGAUUAUGUAUAUAUUAGCAAAGCACCACAAACGGGAUGGCUUAAAAUGACAGAAAGUCCCAGUCACGAGGAGGCAAGUUCAAAGUCAAGGCGUCAGUAGGGUCACGACUCCUUCCUGGCCUCUUAUCAACUCUGACAGUGUCUGUCAAGCGUGGCUCUCCUCCUGCAGCCCUCUGCCUCUGCCCUUGACAUUGCUCUUCUAAGGACACCAUCCAGGGCCUCCCUACUCCAGGGUGACCACAUCCCACCUAGUUACAGCUUCAAGGACUCUGUGUCUGAACAAGGCCACCUUCUGAGCGCCUGGCAGACUCAACUCCUUCCGUAACAAAGAGCGACCUCCAACUUUCAUGUCUAAAGGAAGCCGAAUGGUAGAGGUCAGUUGAAGGAUGGAGAGGAGAAAGAUCUCUUGAAAUCAGAAUAUCCAGUUAUUCAGCUGUUCGCUCUCAAAAUGUUGGGUGUUAUUACAAAUGAUAAGAAGUCCCAGGCAAUGCUAAGAGACAGUCAAGGACUGGACCACCUUAUUAAGAUCCUAGAUACCAAGGAACUAAAUGACCUCCACAUAGAAGCACUUUCAGUGGUGGCUAAUUGCCUUGAAGAUAUGGAUAGUAUCCUGCUGAUUCGGCAGACAGGGGGGCUUAAGAAGCUCCUAGCAUUUGCAGAAAACUCUACAAUUCCUGAUAUUCAGAAGAAUGCAGCAAAAGCAAUUGCUAAAGCAGCUUAUGAUUCUGAAAGUAGAAAACUUUUCCACGAACAAGAGGUCGAAAAGUGCCUCGUAACCCUUUUGGGUUCUGAAAGCGAUGGAACUCAAGUCGCUGCUUCCCAAGCCAUCUCGGCCAUGUGUGGAAAUGCGGGCAGCCAAGAUUUCUUCAACACUCAGGGGAUCCCACAGUUAGUGCGCUUGCUCAAAAGUGACAACGAAGAGGUCCAAGAAGCUGCCGCCCUGGCCCUGGCCAGUUUGACCACUUGCAAUCCUGCUAAUGCAAAUGCCGCAGCCGAAGCCGACGCUCUCGGGCCCUUGACAAGCACGCUGUCCAGUAAGCGCGACGGCGCCGUGGCCAAUGCGGCCACCGUACUGAUGAACAUGGCGAUGCAGGAGCCACUGCGCGCUGCCGUGCAGAGCCAAGACGUCCUGCAGGCCCUCAUCGGCCCGCUGGGCUCUGCCAACACCGUGGUGCAGAGCAAGGCCGCCCUUGCCGUCGCGACCACCGUCUGUGACGUGGAGGCUCGCGCGGAGUUAAGAAACCGAGGUGGGCUGGAGCCGCUGGUGGAGCUCCUGCACUCCAAGAAUGACGAGGUCAGAAGGCACGCCAGCUAUGCCAUCAUGGUCUGUGCCGGUGAUGAGCUGACGGCCACGGAGCUGUACAGGCUCGGGGCUUUGGAUAUCCUUGAAGAAAUUAGCCUAUCAGUAAGACGAAAAAAUAAAUUCAGUGAGGCAGCUUAUAACAAAUUGCUCAACCAUAAUCUUUCCCUGAAAUACAGCCAGACUGGCUAUUUGUCAUCAAGUAACAUAAUUAGUGAUGGAUUCUAUGAUUAUGGUCGGAUAAAUCCUGGUACUAAACUUCUGCCACUGAAGGAACUCUGCUUGCAAGAACCUAGUGAUCGACGCGCUGUUCUCUUAAUCAACAAUGAAUCUGUUGAUGGUUCUCUACUUAUGGAAGAUAAAUCAUCAGACCUUAGUUAUAGACGAAGUAUUUCUUCUUCAUCUUCACUAAGAAGAGCAAGUAAAGAAAAGACCACUUCUCUUUUUAGUACUGGAUUUGGAUCUCCCACAGAACUGAAAUCAGAGCCUACUUCGGGAAGAAAUACUGUUCUUAGCAAAAGUGCCACUAAAGAAAAAGGACCGAGGAAAGGCAGAGGGAAAAAAGAAGAGGAGAAAGUGAAAGAGGAGGAAGAGGUGCUGGCGAUACCAAAGCUGACAGGAGAAAGCAGCCCUGAGAAAGAAUGGUACCCACCCCCGGACCCUCACUUCUGCACAUACGUGUACGACGUGACCAGGUCGAUCCUGCCCGUAACCAAUGUCAAGGAGCAGGUUGAGGUUCUUGCCAAAUAUGUGGCAGAAAAAAUGGGUGGUAAGAUUCCCAAAGACAAACUGCCUGAUUUCAGCUGGGAACUUCACAUAAGUGAACUGAAAUUUCAACUUAAAUCCAAUGUCAUCCCAAUUGGGUAUAUCAAAAAAGGAAUCUUCUACCAUCGAGCUUUGCUUUUCAAGGCUCUGGCUGAUAAAAUUGGCGUGGGCUGCUCUCUGGUUCGAGGGGAGUAUGGCCGCGCAUGGAAUGAGGUGAAGCUGCUGGACCCGUCUUGGAAGGGGGUGACUGGGGCCUUCUCUGCGCCAGAAACCUGGAUCGUUGACCUCAUGUUCCACCCUGGGGCACUGAUGAAGUCAGGAGGCAGAGAGGCCAAUCUUUACCAAUUUCUUUAAACUGUCAGAGGAGCAUGAAGGCUUCAAACUAGAAACUCACUGUGCACACCAAGUCCACCGAUUGAUUUUGUGACUUUAAAUAAAAGUAUUAGAAAUCUUCA